GGAGACGCCUCGCGUAGACAGAUUGGGGGCGGGGCCACGCCCUUUGGCGCGAAAUUUUCUUUUCUCUGCUUUCGAGAUCCAGCCAGGCUUCAGGUUUGUCUACAGUCAGCGACCGGUGGCUAUUAAGGAAGAAGUCCAGCUCGGAUAGGUUGGAGUUGCUGCAGCCCACAGAGAUCCCGAAGCAGAGACGGUGAGAAGCGUAGAGCCUACGACCAGCCCGCGGAAGGUUCGGCCCCUGGAACAAUGGCAUCCUACAACACAAGGCAGAAGACCAGAAAAAUUUAUUCAUGGGUUGGCAGGCCUUUGCUGGAUCGAAAACUGUGCCACCAAACCUACAAAGAAAUAUCUGUGAAAAUAAAAGGUUGUUCAACUCAGACUCACAUCCAAGUUGGACAGUUUGUGUUGAUUGAAGGGGAAGAUGACCAAAACCCUUAUGUUGCAAAAUUGAUUGAAUUGUUUGAAGAUGAUUCUGAACCUCGCUCUAGGAAAUGUGCACGGGUACAGUGGUUUAUCCGAUUCUGUGAAGUUGCUCCCUGCAAACAGCAUUUAUUGGGCCGUAAGCCCGAUGCACAGGAGAUUUUCUGGUAUGACUACCCUGCCUGUGAUGACAACAUCAGUAUUGAGACCAUCAUUGGCCCCGUUCGGGUAGUGGCUUUAGCACCAGACGGAGUGAUACCGAUGGAUCUGAAAAAUGAGAAGACAUUCUUUGUGAAACUAUCUUGGAAUGAAAAGAAGUUCAGACCCCUUUCUCCAGAACUGUUUGCAGAGUUUGAUAAACUACAAGGAGACAUCCCUAAGGGCCAGAAGCCCAGGGCUAAGAAUGCAGAAAGCCCUUCUUGGCACACAGCAGAAAAUGUGGUCAAAAGGAUUGAAUCAAGACAUUCUGCCUCCAAAUCUUGUCAAAUCUCCAUCCAUUCUGCCAUGCCCACUGCAAGGAAGAAGCUGGACCUUGGCAGCUCAGGUUUCCCUAGGACACCUGAUGCUAAGAUAUCUCAGCAGACUUCGGGUGCUUCCUUGGAUUCUCCAAGAAAAACUAAGCGGAAAACGACCUUCUCAGAGACUACCUCACAUUCUAAGAGGCCUCAGUCAGAUGGAAUCAAGACAUCAUCUCCAGCUCUGAAAUCCCCAGAGAAAACUGGAGAGGUUGGACUGUUUUGUGUUGAUGAUAAGAAGGAGUCACCUGAAUAUCACAGGAUCCUAAGAACUCGACUCCCAGCUGUGAAAACCACGGAGAUUAGUGAGACAAAUCUUACCCCUACUAGGGGGGGUCGAAGAUCCUCGGAGGUGCCUUGUGUGGAUCUGAAACCAGAAUACAUCAAAAAGAGGGAGGCAAAAGAACCAGAAGCUCAGAACGUAGCUGCCUCUACUUCCCAUCGCAUCCGCAGAAAGAGUUCCCUCAUAACGUUGAGUCGGAUUAGGCAGCAGCUUCGGUUUCUAGAAAAUAAUAAAAAUGACCAAGAGGAGAAAGAAUUUCUGUCAGCAGCAGAGGAUUCCGACUCUAGCAGUGAGGACGAAGAGCCUUUUGCUCUAGCCCAUCAGAGAAGAAAUCCCUGCCGCACGUCCAGGAACCUGCAGCCUUUCUUGGCACCAUCUGUCCAGACACCCUCCAAGACACCAAAGAAAGCUCUCAAGCCCAGAACUCCACAGAGUGUCACUGCCAAGAUCCGCAGCCGAAGCCUGGCUACCCCAGAGCCAGCCAGCGUGCUAGAGGAGGCUCGGCUGAGGCUGCAUGUUUCUGCCGUGCCUGAGUCUCUUCCUUGUCGAGAGCAGGAAUUCCAAGACAUCUACAACUUUGUGGAAAGCAAACUGCUUGACCAAACUGGAGGGUGCAUGUACAUCUCUGGGGUCCCUGGGACAGGAAAGACUGCCACUGUGCACGAGGUGAUACGCUGUCUGCAACAGGCAGCCCAAACUAAUGACGUUCCUCCCUUCCAAUACAUUGAGGUCAAUGGCAUGAAGUUGACGGAGCCCCACCAAGUCUACGUGCAGAUCUUGGAGAAGCUGACAGGCCAGAAGGCAACAGCUACCCAUGCAGCAGCACUACUGGCAAAACGAUUCUGCAACCGACGGUCCUCACAGGAAACCACUGUCCUGCUUGUGGAUGAGCUCGACCUUCUGUGGACUCACAAGCAAGAUGUCAUGUAUAAUCUCUUUGACUGGCCCACUCACAAGGAGGCCCGCUUGGUGGUCCUGACCAUUGCCAACACCAUGGAUCUGCCAGAGAGGAUCAUGAUGAACCGGGUGUCGAGUCGAUUGGGCCUUACCAGGAUGUCCUUCCAGCCCUAUACACACAGCCAACUGCAGCAAAUCCUAGUGUCUCGACUCAAGCAUUUAAAGGCCUUUGAGGACGAUGCCAUCCAGCUGGUGGCCAGGAAGGUAGCAGCCCUCUCGGGGGAUGCACGGCGCUGCCUGGAUAUUUGCCGGCGAGCCACAGAGAUCUGCGAGUUCUCCCACCAGAAGCAGCACUCCCCCAGCCUGGUCACCGUGGCCCACUUAAUGGAAGCUGUGGAUGAGAUGUUCUCCUCCUCGUACAUCACUGCCAUCAAGAAUUCCUCCGUCCUGGAACAGGGCUUCCUGAGAGCCAUCCUUGCAGAGUUCCAUCGAUCCGGACUGGAAGAAGCAACGUUUCAACAGAUAUACAGUCAGCACGUGGCCCUAUGCCGAAUGGAAGGGCUGCCCUACCCCACCAUGUCAGAGACCAUGGCUGUGUGCUCACGCCUGGGCUCAUGCCGCCUUCUCCUUGUGGAGCCCAGCAGGAAUGACCUGCUCCUUCGGGUGAGGCUCAACGUCAGUCCGGACGACGUGCUGUACGCCUUGAAGGAAGAGUGAAGGGAUUCCACGAGUCUGUUGUCUUUUAAAGAACGCAUUUCCUUUUUUUCCAAGCAACUGAAAUUGUAGCAAAAUGAAUGGAAAUGAUUAUUAUGUUUUGCAGUUUUUCAUUAAAUAAUUGGUUCUUUCCCUGUUUGGGAAGUUUAUAAUCAAUACAAUCUAACAGUACCACAGUAGGUCCUUCCUCU